ACUGCGCGGCAAAAGCAAGGCGUCCUGCAAGCGAACGAGCUACACAACAAAAAACACGUGGGCAAAGUUAUGCUAUACGAGAGGAGGCGUGUGUGACGCGUGCAGUAGAGUGACUGAGAGUCAGGGAGGGGUGUAGGCCGCCAUGGGUCUGCGCUCCGCCCAGAAGAAGCUCUUCCCCCUGCGGGGCAUCGAUGGUGUGGUGCGGCUGUUCGAGGUGGAGCUGCAGAAGGCCGAGCCGGACCUGGCACUGCUGUCCCUGGUGCUGGGCUUCGUGGAGCACUUCCUGGCAGUGAACCGGGUGGUGCCAGCCAAUGUGCCGGGCGUGCACUUUGAGCCACUGGAGCCCGGCUGCCCAUCCUCCUGCUUCCCCACCGUGGAGCUGGGCCUUCUGUCCGCCCUGUACGAGCGCUUCACCGCCCAGAUCCGCGGCGCCGUCGACAUGUCACAUUACCGCCGGCCCGCAGGCGGGUCUGGCCGGGAGCUGGUGAAGAAGGUGUCGGACGUCAUCUGGAACAGCCUGAGCCGGUCCUACUUCAAGGACCGCGCCCACAUCCAGUCCCUCUUCAGCCUCAUCACAGGCACGAAGCUGGACAGCUCUGGGGUGGCCUUCGCAGUGGUAGCAGCGUGUCAGGUCCUGGGCCUGCGGGAUGUCCACCUGGCCCUCUCGGAGGACCACGCCUGGGUCAUUUUCGGCAAAGGCGGCGAGGAGACAGCCGAGGUCACAUGGCACGGCAAGGGCAACGAGGACCGACGGGGUCAGACCGUCAGCGCGGGCGUCAGCGAGAGGAGUUGGCUGUACCUGAAGGGCUCCUACCUGAAGUGCAACAGGAACAUGGAGGUGGCCUUCAUGGUGUGCGCCAUCAACCCCUCGGUGGACCUCCACACGGACAGCACGGAGCUGCUCCAGCUCCAGCAGAGGCUGCUGUGGUUGCUGUACGAGCGAGGAGAUCUGGACAGGUACCCCAUGGCCCUGGGCACUCUAGCAGAUUUGGAGGAUCAGGACCCUAUGCCUGGCCGGGACAGCCCGCUGUCCAUCCACCUAAAGGCUGUGGAUUCUGCCAAGAAGUACUACAACAACGAGCACAUCUACCCCUUCAUGUUCCUGGCCGGGUACCACUACAGGCACCGGAAUGUACGCGAGGCUUUGGGGGCGUGGGCCGAAGCCUCCUCUGUCAUGCAGGACUACAAUUACUUCCGCGAGGACGAGGAGAUCUACAAGGAGUUUUUCGACAUCGCCAACGACGUCAUCCCCACGCUGCUGAAGGAGACGGCGGCGGUGGCCGAGAGCGGCGAGGAGGGCGGAGACAGGGGCGAGGCCGCAGAGAAGGACCAGCCCCGACAAGCUGCUGCCCUCUCCGCACUCCAAGACCCAGAAUGCUUUGCGCACCUGCUCCGUUUCUAUGACGGCAUCUGUAAGUGGGAGGAGGGCAGCCCCACGCCGGUGCUGCAUGUGGGCUGGGCCACCUACCUCGUGCAGUCCCUCAGUCGCUUCGACGCGCAGGUGCGUCAGAAAGUGACCAUCAUCACCAAAGAGCCGGAACCCCAGGAUGACGACGACCAAUCCAGCGACGACCCACGAGAGGGGCGGAGACGCGGCCCCCGGCGGGAGUCCAAAUUGGAAGACCCGCCCCCUCCCCCGCCGCAGGCUCCGGCCCCGCCCGCCCAAGCUGCCCCGCCCAAGAAGGUCGGGGGAGAGGGGGGAGGACGUCGUCGCUCGGCCACGGGGGGCGUGCGGGUGAGCGAAUCGGAGGGAAAGGCUCGAGCGGCGUCGCCCGGCCCCACGCCGCCGCCCGCCCAGCCCACGCCCGCGCCGGGCGGUCCAGUGGUCACGUUCUUCAGCGAGAAGAUGAAGGGCAUGAAGGAGCUGCUCUCCGCAGCCAAAGUGAACUCCAGCGCCAUCAAGCUGCAGCUCACCGCACAGUCGCAGGUGCAGAUGAAGAGGCAGAAGGCCACGCCCGCGGGCGACUACACCCUGUCCUUCAUGAAACGACAGCGCAAGACUCUCUAG